CAUAUAAAUCUGCUAAUGUCACAAGUAUAAAAAUAUGAAAAGUAGUUCUAAGAAGGAAGACACUUAUGUAAAAAAGAAAUAUGUCUUUUUUUCUGAUCCAGAUGUUAUUAUUCAACGUGCUGAAUCAUCUGCAGCUGCAACUCAAGUUAAACAAGGUUUUGAGUUUCAUCAACAGCAAACAUCUAAAGAAAAACCAUCUUCUUUUCCAACUCAAUUUGACUUAAAGAGCUUGAAAAACUUAUUGUACCAUCCUGUACAACCUUAUCCAUUUACAUUUAUAAGUGCUGUAAAACGAAAACUUGCCUUAGAAGAUCAUCCUGAAAUCUGUAAACAAGUACACAAUUCAAAUUAUAAAAAUACAGCUGUAUCAGCUGUGACAGUUUUAAAAUCUAAGAGUGCACAAAAUUUACAUGAAAUCGUACAAAAAAUGGACUUUAUAAGGCCGUUAAAAGUUCCUGAUUUGAAAAUUUCUGCUAAGAAAUUAGAUUUUACUACCAGGGAAAAUUCUGUAACAAAGGAACUAAUGUCGUCACAAUUUGAAGUACCUUCGAAGGAAUUUACUCACGACAGAACAGAUAAGCCAACAAAGAGUUUUGAACGUGUUCAAAGAAGAUUGGAUUUCUCAACAUCAGAUGUGUCUUCUAUAAUUGCUAGUGAAAUAGAGCCACUAAAAGUGCCAAAUAUUUCCAUAUCUUCAACUCUGUCAAAGAAGAAGGAAUAUAUCAGAGAAAAUUGUAGAGAAAAGGAGAAUAGAUCCAAAAGAAUUAGAAAAGAUGACUGCUCGUUUAUAAAGCAGGAUGAAACAGGGCAAGAGUUUUUAAAGAGGUCCAGAAAUCCGAGACAUGUCUCCAGAAAAGACUGUUCUGAUAAUAUAAGUGAAAUUGUAUCAGUUACAAAAUUAAAAAAUGACAGGUUACCAUUACACAUGCCAAGAGAAAGUGAUUUUGUUUCAACGAAACCAAAAACAAAGAAUUUUGCAACAUCCACUGCUAAAAAGGAUACUGAUAAAAAGCACCGGUCGAUUAAUGUACGAUCUUUAAAAUCCAGAGAUACUUCUUUAGAAUCAAAAAAUCGAACAUUCAGUAAUGAAUCACUUUCUGAACGUUCUUCAAAAUUACCGGACAAAAUAACCAUUAGAGAAUCUAGAAAUAUGUUCGAAAAUUGUGAUUACAGAUAUAAAGAAGAUUUGCAUUCAUUAAAACAAGCUGAUGAUCAAAAAUAUGUAUUCUCAACAGAGAACAGACAAAUAAAGCAACAGAAGGUAACAUGUCAAUCUCAAGGAAAAGCAGGAAAUACACCUUUCAAGGAACAAAUAAAGAGGGCACCUGAAAAAGUAAAACCUUCUACUAGUAAAUUGGAUGGCAAAAUGUAUACCAUAAAUUCCAGGGAGUUUGAUGAUGUAGAAAAUAUAACCGAUUCCAAUACAAGUACAAGAACUCAAAGUUUAAGUACUACUUCUAUGCAAAAAAUAAAAAGUAAAGAUACUGAAAAAGUUGUACAGAAUAUUAAAUCAAAUAAAACUAUCGAGGAUCCAAAAUAUACAGACAUUUCUUUACAACAGUGCACUAGUACAAAUACCAGAAAAGAAGAAGAAUCAUUUACACAAAGCAUUAUUACUACAAUCAAACAAACAAGUAAUAGUAAUGAAUCUAAUCUAAAUGAUAGUAUCGUGUCAGAUGUUUUACUAGAUCCAAGAAGAAUUUCUUUCAGGGAUGAAAAUCGUUCGCAACAAGAAGAAUUUUGUGAUUUGGUAACACCAAAUAUGAAUCUUCUACCUAGAUCUAGAAGAAAAAGGCAGUUUAUACAGAAUAGCAAUGUAGACAAUGAUUCUAAGUGUAUAAAACAUAACACUACAGAAACAGAAACAGAACAAGAAAGCAUGCCAUUGUUACAUCCAACUGCCUUGCAUAUGCAGUUUCAAGCCGAGUUGCAUCUUCUUGAUUCUUUUAAUGAAUCAUUGAGGCAGGUUAUGGAUGUUGAAAAGUGUUUAUAUACAGUUAAACAGGACCAAGGAAAAGAGGUAACAUUGCAGCAUAAUGAACCAAUUGAGCAAUCGAAAUUACAUUUCUCUAAAGCAAUAAUUGAAAGAAAUGUUGACGACAUAGAACGCUACAAUGAUAAUAGCAAAUCUCGCAAACAUGUUGCAACUGACAGAAGUAUUACUAGGAAAAUGGUUAAUAUUGAAAUAUUGUUUCUAAUUUCAGUACAUCAUACUACAAGUCAAAUUAUGACAAAUGAUUUUGACAACUCAAAUAAAAUAAAUAAACCAGCAGUGAAAGCAGUAGAAGUUCAAACUCAAACAGUAAAUGAUAUGGCCACACAAACAGAAAUACGUUCAACUCGACGAAAUGUACAGAGUAGAUGUUCAGAAAUAUGUGGUAUUCCAUACGAGCGGGAAUUUGUUAGAGAAAGCGAAGUUCCGCAACUUUCGUUAGAUUCAGCAGAACUAUUUGAAGACUUAGAUCAAAUAGAAGAAAUAUCAUUACCUAGUAAAUUAAGAACAAUGUCAGAGAUAAGUUUACAUGAAACAACAUCGUCUAUACGAACAGAAACUGGAACAGAAAUUAGUAUUUCGACUCGAGAUAUAACUUGUUCUUUUAAUAAAUAUUUAGAUCUACAAAUUGCACAGUUAAUAAAAGAUGAAAAGCAAAGAUAUGAUAAAAUCGAGAUGCUGUUUAAAUCUCGGGAAAAGACGUUAAAUGAUCGAACCAAAAAGUUAGUGAAACUGGAGGAGCAGAAGCGUGCUUUAAGAGAUACUGGUCAGGAUAGUCGUGUUAGUUCAGUAAAAAAGAAGCAGAGAGCUUUACUUUUAAAGUUGCAGCAAGAAAAAGAUGAGAUGAAUAGAUUAAAAGAACUUCACAAAAUUGCAAGUCAAGAACGAAAACGUAUGUUGCAAAAGCAAAGAAAUAUGUUUAAUCCUCAAAUGUCUACAAAAAAUAUUUUAACAAAAUUAAAAAGAAGGGCAGACAGUCAAUCCCCAAGAAGAUUAUCUGGCCCAAUGAAAGGUUAUGAUAUAAGAAGUAACAGUUCUAUGAGUUCAUUAGUUGAUUCCGAUAAGUCUCAACAUGACCGAUCACAAAAUGAUGCACGCAUACAAAUGUCUGAAAACGAAUUACAGUUUGCUAAACUUGACCUACCAAAGAUUAAUAAAUUCACAAAUUUUACUGAAGAAUCUAGGGCAUCGUUCAUAAGAUUUGAUAAACCUAGUGAACUUAUUCAAAGUAACAUGUCUCAAGAAAAGUGUCCUUAUAAACAAUUAAAAGAUGGGAACAAGUUGAAAUACGAAAUAAAAUCAAAAAAGUUUGAAGAAAAGAUGCCUAGGGCAGAUAUUUUAAGGUUGAAGUUACAUCAGCACUCUAUAGAUCCCAAACUGAUAUCUGGUCAUUCCAUAAAUACAUCCGGGAUGUAUCAUUUUGAAAAAGAAAAAUCUCCCGAUGUCUCAGAAUUGUUACAAAAAAAUUUAAAUAACUCUGUUUCUGAGCAUGCCAAGUCGGAAUCUGAUACGCUUGUAGAGGAGUUAUCAAAAAAAUCGAAAUCCUCGCAGGUGACGGAUAAUCAUUUCCAAAAUAUAGGAUCUCCAAGAGAAAAUGAAGCUUUGCCAAAAAUUCCAACCAUAAACAGCGAAGUUGUUCCAGAAGAGAUAAGUUCUGUCAGCCACGAUACAGUGUCAAAGACAUCAAAAUCAUCUCAAAUUUGUGAAGAUAUUUUACAAUCACAUUCCAAAAGUUCGAAAAGAAGUAGCAAAUCAAUUCCAACUGAUGUAUCUAAAAAGUCUUUGUGCAGUUCCGAAUCUAAAUCGAAUGUAAAGCGUAGAAGCUCAAAAUGUCAAAAGAGUAAAUCGUCAUCUAGUAUACUCACGGAAAAUAUAUUACGGUCUAACUCGAAUUCCCAAGUAUCAGAAGAGUUUACUAAACAUUACAAUAAACGAACAAAAAUGGAGAAAGAAUUUAUUCAAUCUGAUAAAAAUGAUGAAAACAUAAUUUUGGGUAGUAUGGAUCACGAUGAAAGUUUGAGUUCUCUGCAAGCUCUUAUUAGACAUUCCAAACCUUCAAAAGAUAAGAAUUUUAAAGUAUUGACUGACAGAAUAGAUGAUUAUGACAGUAAAGAGAAUAUAUUAUGUCAGAAAAUAUUUGACAAAAGUGUAGAAGCCUAUGGAAAUUCUUUUCAUAGUGAAGACAAGAGCAAAGACAACUUGGACAAUACGUCUAUAAGAUCUCGACUUAGUAAUUUUGCCGUUUCUCAUCAUGGUAUUGGAGAGGGUGACAGAAAUUAUUCUAAGUCUGUGGUUAUUAGAUCGCAAGAUCAUAAUUUGAAAACUUCAAAAAAACUGGAACAAAUUUUGAAUGCCCGUGAAGCCGCUCUUGCAUCGCGAAAGAAUUGCGUAGAAGAGUGGAUGGCUUGGCAUGCAAAAUUAAGAACUGAAGAAGAGCGUGUUGCACGAAUGGAACAAGCAGCCCUUAAACUCGUAACUGCCACAUCUAAAGUUUUCUCUCAACAAGAGAGAAGUGUUUGUCCCUUUAUGGAUACAACUGUUUCAUCCGAUACGAGUGACAUUGAAGGGAGGAUAGAAUUGCUUACUGAAAAAUUGGCAAAACGGCGAGUGGAGAUGUCAUGUUUGAAAAGGGAAGCCAGGAAGCAGACGAAACAAAAACUUAGGGCUUUAGAAGCAAAUUUAUUAAAUCAGAUUAAGAAAUAUGAUACGACUAUUUAUGAAAUGCGCAAAAAGCUGGAAUCGAAAAAGGGAACAAGUAAAGACGAUGAUAAAUUAGCAAUAGAGUCGAAAUCAUUAGCAGAUUUUAAAGUACCUGAGAUUCCUCUGAAGAGAAUACAAGAUAUGUUUAAAAAUAGUGAUUUACUAAGAUCUAGAUCGGAAUCUGAUUUGUUGUGUACGAAAAGACCAAUGAAGGAUCAUACGAAAAAUAUUAAUUUACUGAGAAACGAGAGCACUGAAGUUGAAUAUGAUAAAAAUAGUUCAGAAAAAGUAACUAAGUAUUCUAGAAGUGUAAGAUCUUCAGAGCAAUUGAGCUCUGGAAAAAUAAGCACUGCUGCUCACUGUAGUGUCCAGUCUGUUCUUGACAACAGUAUAUCAGAACAAAUCGAAUCUGAUAAGCUUGGUUCAGCAUCAUCGGUCACCUUCGAUGAUGUUUGUUCUGACAGAAGUAUUUCAUAUGACAGCAAAAUGUACAUGAAUGAAAUGCAAAGUAAACGAAUUUCCACGGUGGGAAAGAAGAGCAGCAUUUCAGAAGAUAUUGGAACUGACAUUAGUACGGCAAAGUCUGAAGAUGAUAUAAUUACACAAUCGGACGCAAAACUUUCUAAAAAUGAAAUUACAAUAGAAUCUGACAUAAAAGAAUACAAAUCAUAUUUUCAUACGAUUUCUGAGCAUUCUCGAGCAAAAUGUAUUUCUUCGCAAUCUGGUACUGAUAAAAUGCAAGAUUCAGAGAAUUCUCUAAUUCCCAUAGAGAAGUCCGAUGUUGAAGGCUCCAAGGUAGAAAACAACAGUGAAUGUUCUAAUGAAAAAUUUAAUGUAUCUCGAAAGUUAGACUUUUUACGGUUAAAUAAUAAGAAUUUGUACGAGGACAUAAAUUCUCUUGAAAAUGAGCUCAAAAUACUUUCGGAAAUGAUGUCACACUUCCGUAAAAGAUCAAAUGAAAAUUCAAAAAAUAACGAAGACACUUCGAAAGAUAUAUCCGAUAUGCUUUUGAAAUCUGAAAAAGACAGUGAAAUUCAAGAUAUGGAAUUUAUGAAAAAUGAUGAUAACAAAAGUGUAGAAGUGAGUCGAAAAGAAAGUAAUCCAGAUAUUUCACAGUAUUUAAUUAAUGGCACAAAAUUGAAAUCUGUGAGUACCUUCAACAAUGAUAAAAAUAUAGUAGAAGAAGUUGAUGAUGUAAUAUCUGUGAUAAUGCCAAAAACCGAUACAUCCCUUUUCAAAUCUCACCAAGAAACUGAUUAUAAAGCAAGAAGUAAGGAAAUUUUGAAUGAAAUUGAAAAAUCUAUAAUAUCGGAGCAUAUUAAAACUGAUUCAAAUCGUUCAAAUGUGUUACUUGAGAGCAACAAGUUAAGUACAUAUGAGGGAAAUGAAAAACUGUCGCACAAUACUUCUUCCAACAAUUAUAUGAAUUCUUUAUCUGAAGAUUAUUUAAGAGCAACGGAAGAUAAAGAAAGUAUCAUUACAGUAGAGAAUGCUUCUGAAAUAGUACAACGUGACGAAGAUGGCAUAUAUACUGUAAAUAGUUCUAGUGACUCCCACAACUUAGCAAGGCAGCAAUUGCUACAAUCAACUCAGAAUUUAACAUCUCCAAAUUGUACAAAACCUUCAGAAAAAUCUGUUUUACUUGUAAAGGAUAAAUUAUUAAAUUUGUGUGCUGAUAUCGAUCAUGAUUUACCAAAACAUAAUGCUAUUACAAUACAAAGUUAUUCAGAACAUAGUAGCCAUAUAAUUUCAGAAAGAUUUCCACAGAGUGUUAUAAAACAAACAACAGUCGUACAAUCCGGAAUUGAAUUGUUGAAGAAACCAACUUCUCCACAAUCUGUAAGUUCAACUGAGAAGACUGAAGAAAUUGAGGAAGUAAUAGAUUAUACGAAAGACGAAAAUCUUCAAAAUGUAAGCAAUUCAUGUUCAAUUUUAAAAGCAGAUCAUUUUGAAUUAAUAACAGAUAAGUGUAAAAAUGAAAGUAAUUUACUCGUGGCAAAUGAAGUUACAGAAUGUAAUGAAAAUCCUCUAAAUUCUGUUAAAAUAGCUAAAGAAGAUAUAUCUGAAAACACUAUUGGUUUUAUCCAUAAAGAAGUCAGUAAAGAUAAAAAUCUGAUUAAGGCGACGUCUAUAGAUCAAAUUUCCCUUGACAAGGAUGAUUGGACAAUAUCUGAUUCGUUUGAUAUUCAGCAAGAUGUUAAUUCUGAAUGGGAAAAAUCUUUCAAAAGUCAAAAUUCAAAAUACCUUAAUGAUGAUUCAAGUGAAUUCAUAGAUGCAAAAGAUAUAUCUCAAUCGGUUGAUGAAAUUCAAAAUCUAGAUUUUGAAAAGAAAGUAGGAAGUGGCAUAGAGGACAUAUCUCUAUUUAUUCCAGAAGGUGAAUCUACAAAUAUCGAUGCGUAUGGGAUUAAAUUAGAUGAAACCAUAUCAAAUUGUCGAAUUAAUACAAUUGAUAACAAAAUUGAUGAUAUGUUUUAUACAAUUGUUAAAGACAACGACUUUGAACAAAACCAAGAAGAAACUGUGCAUACUAUAGAAACUGAUGAUUUUCAAAACGCUAUUUACGAUUCCGUUACUAAAAUAUUAGAUAAAGUUGAAAAAAGUAUCGAUAAUAAUUCAAUAAAAGAAAAAAUUGAGAGUAAUUCGGACAUUAGAGAAAACGAAAAUGAAAUAAAAGCAACUGUAAGUGAAGAAUGUAAAUCAGUUUCAAGUACUCCUAACUCAGAAGACGAGUUGCGAAAAAAGGCUAAAGGAGAAUUUGAUACAGGUAAAGAAACAUUUGCUUUGGAUACCAAUAAGCAUAAGAUGAAGAAAGAUAUAGCUUUAAUUAAAGAUCGUGAUGAAGUCGCUAUCGAUAGUAACAUAAGCGAAGAAAUUGAAGGUAAUGAAAAUGCAUGCCACAUUGGAACUAAGUCUCAAGAAGUUGUAAUAACAGAACUGGAAUCUGGAAGCAUAGAAGAUGACAUUUUAUCAGAUCUUGAAAUUGAUGCAAAAAUAGAAUUUGUUGAAGAGGAACAUGUAGAAACAAAUGGAUCCGAAGAUAAUGCAGCAACGCAAGUAAUGCAAAAAAGAAAAUCAUUCGAACUUACUGUAGAGCAAGAAAGUUCUGAUGGUGAACAACUUGAUAAUUUAGUUGAAGUAACUGAAAGUGGAUUGGCUACUAUAGAGAAGCAAAUGUCUAUUUCUGGAGCAGCUGAUAUAUCACAUGAUACAAUAAAUUCUCAAAUUAUUGAAGUUCCAGAAAGUAAAAUAGAAAAUCAGACGCAUAGAGAUAGUUCUAAAGCUGUAGAUAAUCUGAAAAAAGCAGAAAAACCUAUGAAAAUAGAAACCAGUUCGUCUACUGACGUAAUAAAUAAGACAUUCAAUAUUCUGAAAGACCCGGAGUAUGAAGAUAUCUCAGAAGAAAGCCUUGAAGUUUCUGAAAUCUUUGAUAAAAGUGAACUUCAGAAAUCUGUUUCUGUGCAAAAGUCAUUUCCCAUUCCAGAAAGGUAUGAAGCAGUACAAAAAUCAGAGGAGGUAUUGAGAAUCCUCGAUGAAAUCACUAAACAAUCUUCUCCAAGCUCUGAUCAUAACAAAGAACAAUCUGAGAGCGAUAAGCAAGUAUCUGAAAAUUCUGAAAAAUCACAAGCAAAUAUUUCUAGGAAAGAUCACACUGUACCUUCAAACAUUGAUGAUCAAAUUGAAUAUGAUACCAAUAAGCAAACCGAGCAAUUAUUUGGAAAUAGUUUAGAAAGUCAAACAUCCAUAACAGUAGUAACAGAAGAUGAAAAUCAACUAAUAGAGUUAAUAGUCAGCUCAAAUGAAAUAGAAGAAAAAGAAAUGCAAGAACAGGAUGCAUCAUCCGAGUCAAGUGAAGAUAAGGACACACCAAAAGGUGUAUCAGAAAUUGAAAUGGAUUCUCCCAGAGAUCCAAAUGAUUCAAGGUUAAACAUUGAUACAUUAAAUGAUGACUUAUUGAAUAACGUUAAUACUAAUAAAAGCGAAAAUGCUGAUUCUAAGAAUAUGUAUCAUGCUACACCUAUUGUUACUACAUCUGAAAAGGAUAUAGAAGUCAUGAUAGACAAGUUAAAAGCAUCAUUGGAACAGCCCGGUCUGGAAGUUGCAGAAUUGGAAGCGAAACUACUUCGAAUUGAACAGCUACAAAUUGAAUUAGAGAUUAAGAAGUUGGAAGCAGAGGAAGUAUCUUACUAUGUUAGAGAAAUACCUAACAAACCACCACCUCCUUACACUCCUCCCGGUGGUGGCACAAGAAUUUCUGCGUCACUCGUGUCACCUUCACCUCCACCAGCUGUGAUUCCCUCAAACAUAGAAGAACUUACAGCGUUCACUGAAAAAGCAUCAGCAUUAAUAUUCAGAGCAAAAGAGGCGGGAGAAGAUAUUAUGGGUUUAGAAGCUCCUACGGAGAUCUAUGAGUUAACCAAAGAGAACGAUGAGACUGUAAAGAAGGAUAGAAGAAUUUACAAUACAUUUCUCUUCGAUCUAUGCAAAGAAACAAUCGCUGAGGUCUAUCAAGCUGAAUAUGAAAAACCGGGUCCCAGCUGGACAAAACCAAAUGUAAAGACGAAACCUACCAUGAAAAUCCCAAAAACUAUAGACGAACUUAACGAGUACGUUAACAAAGAAGUAGCUACAUUAUUCGGUUUCAAAACGAAAUUGCAACGAGAAAAUAUGGUAAUGCGUUGGAGUCGAAAACGAAGAGAUAGAGUCGACGAAUUGUUGGCUAGAGAAGCUCAAGCUGAAGAAGAUGAAUGGACUAAAUUUCAUCACGAUGAACUUGCGGUAAAAAAUGGUCUUACAGUAGCUAUAUUGGAUACUCUGAUAAUGGAAACUGUGAAUAUAGUGAAAGUGGCAUAUGCGAAGAAAAGAAAAGUGGUUUAG